UGUCAAGAUGUGUCAUGUCCGCCGCACUUCGUUGCGUUGAUUUGGAUUUUCGUUCGUCUAAUCUUCUAUUAGUGUGAAGUUGUUCAGGUUUAAAAGUGUAUAUAAAUAAUCUGAAUUUAGCACUUGGCCGUCACCGAGGAAUGAUUAGAUUAUGUUUACAAAAUAGUGAUCUAACUUUUAAGAUUUAGGGUUUAAGAAUAAAUGCAUGUAAUUACCUCAUAAUGGGCGACCUAUUGUUAAAAUGUCCAUUAUGUUGUAGCGAGGUAUUUAAUUCUCGAGAAUUGUUAGUUCAUCAUUUGUCUAAAGUUUGGCUUAAUUUGCGCUGUCCAGUUUGCAAUGACGAAUGUUCCUCAAUAUCACAUAUGAUAGAUCAUUUAAAUCAAGAUAAUUGUGUUCCAAAGCCUAAGUCUGAGGUGGUAAUCUCAAACCCUAUAGUUCCGGUGGCAAUCCAUAAUAUUGCUGAUGAGACUCCAACUUUAGAACAUCACAAUGUGGCAGAAAACCAAACAGAUCAGAUGUUAAAUCAAGCCCAAGAUGUGUCAGAUGUCAGUAGAAUGUAUGUAGAACUACUGAGCAAGCAGCUAGCCAAGCCUUGCCUUCAAACCCAGGAGCUGAAACUAGUCAAGGAAGAUGGUGAGAGCCGGUAUGUCAUAGUCUCACAAGAGGAAUCCAUCUUGAAGUCUGGGAACACGGUGUUUACUAAGCAAAACAGUGAUGGGACUAUAUCAUUGACUACAGUUAAAGAUAUGAAGUUAGAGGCGGACCCCGUGGACCCACUUAUGCCUGAGAAUGAACCAGAGGAGACCCAGGAAAUCUACAGCUGUAACACAUGUGGAGUCUCUUUUUCAUCUGUAAUAGAGCACAUACAAAACUACCACAAUGAUCAGGAAGUUGUAGUUGAGGAGUCUCUGGAUAGCUGCCAGUUACCCAUGGACUAUGAGCAAAUGAACGGUGAAGACGUAACUACCGGGGAGCUGCAGCAACCGCGGCGCGUCAUCACAGACACGGGGGAUAUUGUCGAGGCGCCAGUGCUGCUUAAUGCUACUUUAGAGGACAAUCAUUUGACAAUCGAACCUCUGAGCACGGAGUUGCUAGUUGAAAGGAAGUCAAAGCCGGCGCGGCCCCUAGCCAUAGUGGAGAAAAAGCUAAUGCAAGUUGACAGUGUUGUCACUACUUUGAAAAACAAGGAAGAUGUUAAAAAAGGUCCAUACCACAAGGUGGUAGUGAAAGAGAUGCAAAUGCUUGAGGGCGGCAACAAAGUUAAGGUGUACAACUGUAUGACCUGUAAUAUCUAUGUCACCACGCUGGACGAGUUCAAGUCACAACCUUGUAAACCUCAAAAAUUCCAAUGUCCACACUGCUCUGUUGCAUAUGAAAAUUCUAAGUCAUUAAGUGCUCAUAUGAAAAUCCACAAAGCUCAUGCUGAAGACACGGACUCAACAGGGCCGUUCAAAUGUGAUAUUUGUUCAACCGUGUUUCCCAGUAACAAAUCAUUAAAGUUGCACAAACGGAUGCACGAUCCAGUCAAAGCACGACCAAUAGAACUACCAGUGGAGUCUGAGGGCACAGAAACCAGCAACGACAAAUACAUCUGCUCGAUAUGCGACAAAUUAAUCCCUAUCGACUACCGCGCCGUACACCACAACUCGCACAACACCGACAACAAGUACAACUGCGACAUCUGCAACCGCAAGUUCCACUCCAGCGAGUACCUCGAGAUGCACAUGAGCGUGCACAACUUAGAUAAGGUCCCAGUGAACAAGCAAGAUAAAUCCCUGCCGUACAACUGCAUGUAUUGCACGCGGCAGUUCGCGCGGCCGCACGAGAAGGUCAAGCAUGAGAGGAUACACACAGGCGAGAAACCACACUCGUGCGAAAUCUGCGGCAAAUCGUUCCGAGUGUCAUAUUGUCUAACACUGCAUAUGCGAACACACACAGGGGCGCGACCCUACGCCUGUCCACAUUGCAACAAAAGGUUUAAAGCGCACAGUGUAUACAACCACCAUCUACUAACGCAUUCCGAAGUGCGCGCGUACAAAUGCCCGUACUGCCCGAAGGCGUUCAAGACUAGCGUGCAGCUCGCGGGCCACAAGAACUCGCACACCAAGCCUUUCUCCUGCCAACACUGUAACAGGCCUUUCGCAUCUCUGUACGCGGUGCGAGCUCACACAGAAACGCAUGCGCGGCAAAACAACCUCAAGUUCGCGUGCACGUUGUGUGGGGCGAGCUACGCGCGGACAUUCGCGCUCAAGGACCACAUUAAACAAGUUCAUAAUAAAGAGCUGGAUGCUGUCAAUAAAACGACGGUGGAUCUCAAAGAGGAGGGGUGGAUAUUGUCGGAGGGGGACGCCGACACUAUGCAGGUGUCGCUCGACAAAACUGUGCCAAAUGAGAUAAAUCAAAUGGUAGAAGCUGAGUCUGUGAUGAUUUAUGGAAACCAUAAGUGAAAUAAGUAUUGUAAGAUAACUAAAACUUAUAAAACAUUCUUUUAAAAUGGUCGAUCUGACCUAGCAUCUAUGGAGAAUUUAGAUGUUUUAUAUUUUUUGUAUAGGUACAGUCAGCGUCAAAUACUUUGUAGCAGUCAAAGUGGCCAAAUAGUUCGGUACACCAUACUAAAUACAUGGUGUACCGAACUAUUUGGCUACUUUGGUUGCUACAAAUUAUUUGACGCUGACUGUACAUACGUUACCUAAGGCAAUAAUCAUAAUCGUGAAUUAUUUUUAUAUAAAAAUUAUGAUCAUCUGUAUAAAAUAAAUCAAAUUGUAAACAGCAUUUUGACACAUAUUUUUGUACAGUGUUUUUGUUUGGAAAAGUAACACAUUUGUUAAAAGGAUUAUUGUAUCUAAUGAGCUAAUUAAGAACAAAGGAUUAUUAUCAGUGGUAUAUUAUCCUUCUGGUAAUUUUAGUGUCCGGCAGCUGCGGCAACCGCCGUGGGCUUUUAUUGGACCUCCUACAGUUUAUCUUUUAUACUCUCUUUUGCUUACUGAUUUGCGUGUCCUUGUGACGUGGUUUUAUUUUAUUACUGGUGCUACUUGCGCUUUCUAGGGAAGAAAAUUAAGUUUUAUGGUCUGAUUGUUAGCACAAUUUUUUUUUUUUUACUUCAUACAAAUCAUAUUCAUUAAGCUUCUUUAUACCAUAAAACAUUUUUUAUAUAUUGCGAGAGAUCGAUAAUAAAUGACUUAAAUUCAGGCAAAGGCUUUAGGCGCUACUGGCAUACAACUAUUAAGGGGUCAUCCACAAAUUACUUCAUACGUAUCUGAUGAUUUUUAAUAGUUUGUAACUGUCAAGAGGUGCGUCCUUGUCACAAUUUCUUGACCAUCCUCCUGCUCCUAAAUGUGUGACGUAAUUAGUGGAUGGCUCAUACGGGUCCUUAUAGCCUAGGAACAUACUUUAUUGGGUAAAUGGAAGCAAAUAAAUAUGUAUUAGGGGCCGGUUGAACUCGACUAAGUAACUAGGUAGUCCUACUAUUCAUAUAUAUAGUUAUUAUUAGAGAUGCCACGAAUAUUCGGCAACUAUUCGGUAUGUGGCCACUUUGCCAAAUAUUCGGUACCCGGCCGAAUACCGAAUAUCAAUUGCACCUACCUACAAAGAAAAAAUACACAUUAUAAAAAUAACCAAAAACUAGGUAUAUUUUAUAUUUAAAAUGAAAUCUUGGAUAUUAGUUGUUAAAUACGAAGAUCCUUUUAGAGCAUUCUAUUUUUGUCAUGGGACUGAUUUGAUUGACUCUAACUACAUUCAUUUAUUCUGUUCAGCAAAAAAUAUAUCUUAGCAAGCGUUGUGCUUUAUUGGUGAACAGUUUUCGUAAUAAUUGUGACUCAAAAUGUUAUCGUCAUGCCGAAUAUUCGGUCGCUGUAUAUUCGACGCUUCGGCCGAGGGACGGGCCGAAUAUUCGGUAUUUGGCCAAAACCCGUAUUCGGGGCAUCUCUAGUUAUUAUUGUAAUUUACGAUACGAUUUACCAAAACAAAAUAGUAUAAAUGUAAUCAAUAUAUUGGUUAAUAAUGA